UCGCUCUAUUAUCCUUCAAGUUCAAGUGUUGUUUGUUCACUCUGAAGAACUCAUUAGAAUCACUUAGUUUCUUAAUCAGAUAAGAAAGCCAGUGAAAAUGUCUUGCUGUGGUGGAAACUGUGGCUGCGGUUCCGGCUGCAAGUGCGGCAGCGGCUGUGGAGGAUGCAAGAUGUACCCUGACAUGAACACGGCCGAGAUGACCACAACCGAUACUCUCGUCCUUGGCUUGCCACCCCAGAAAGCACACUUGGAGGGAGCUGAGAUGGAAUUCGGGGCUGAGAACGACUGCAAGUGCAAGUGCGGAGACAAGUGCACCUGCAACCCUUGCAAUUGUAAAUGAAGAGAGGCAAAAACCAAGCUCGCUGGACGCAGAGA